CUUAGCCGAUAGCAUUUCUGCAUUGAUUAGCGGAAAUCUAACUUUAGAUGCUGUUUGUAUUAAGAAUUAGCUUUUGACUGCCGAUAUCGACAUAACUGAUUAAUGCAACUUUUUUUUCUAAUGAUUAAUAUAAAUCUGUCCGAGAAUAUUUAAUGGAAGGAGGACGGAUUCCAAUCAAGCUUUCUUGGUUUUGAAACAUGGCACUUGAUGAAAUAAAAGCUCAAAUUUGUGGAAAAUGGAAAUUAGAUCGCAGUGAAAACUUUGAUGAAUUUUUAAAGGAACUAGGUCUGAAUGUUGUGUUUAGAAAAAUGGCAGAAUCGGCUAAGCCUGUAGUAGAGUUUACAGUAGAAGAUAACACAAUUAAGAUGAUAUCCAAAGUUAGCUUCUUUAACCAAGUUAUAAAUAUAAAACUAGACGGAGAAUAUCAACAGUCAUUUGAGGGCACUGAAAUGAAUUGCAAUUCGAAAUGGGAAAAUAAUAAGUUAAUCACAGAAGCUAAUCCUAUUGACGGUAAAGGGAAAACACAGAAAUUCCAAAGAGAGCGUGUGAAUGAUGAAUUAGUUCAGACAAUGUGGGCUGGAGAUGUUGUUUGUGUCAGAACGUUUAAACCAACAGACUGAUCAGAUAUCAUGAAAUAUGAGGACCAUUUUAUUUAUUGAAUUUCACACAAUGCCUUGCUUGUAUUUUUGUGCUUAAAAGUACAACAUCGUGGAUUUGUGUAUGGUACUUUCAGUUUUGUUUCGGUAUUCUCAUAAUCAAGAAGAGAAUGCCUGAAAUCCUACAAAAUUCAAGAGGUUUGCAGUCCGCCAAGAUGUUCUCCAUUUCCAAGUAAUAUUCCCAUUUCUUAAUUAGCUUUUAAGAACUUGCUUAGUAUUUAUGUAAAAAUUGAUGUUUCAACAUUGUUUCGUAAGAAUUGUAUGUCUAAUCCAAAAAAAUAUAUAAAAUGAAUUAUCGUGCUUCUCUUUGCCUACAUAAUCACCUGCUGAAUCGAUCCGUAAUUCUCGUAUCACGGCUUUGAGACGUGAGCAGAACUCAUCAGUGACGAAGAAGUUAUCAGCAACGUCACAAUGUGUGAGGAGACGACACAAUGUUUGAGAAGUUACUGUCCAGAAACGUGACAAUGCAAGAUACAAGAUACAAGAUAUUUCAUUAACCAAUCAUGGUGUACAAAUUUUGAGCUAUACAAUCAAAUGAAUUACAAAAUAAAGCACAGUAAAUGAUUAGAAUGAAUAGAGUGAUUAAAGUACAUUUAAACAAAAACAUGUAUACACAUUUAAACAAAGUAACAUAAUUAUAAACAAUGUCAUUGACAAAACAUUAAGUGCGUGAGGAGAAUUUAUCAAACCUACUUUUGUCAAGCGUAAAACUGUCUUAGUCAGGAGCCUGUUGUUCAGAGGUUGUCGUUUGUUGGUUGGGUUAUUAAGUGUUUCUCGUUCCGCGUUUUUUACAUAGAUUAGACCGUUGGUUUUCCUGUUUGAAUUGUUUUACGCUUGUCAUUUUAGGGCCCGUUAUAGCUUGCUGUUCAGUGUGAGCCGUGUUGAAGACCGUACUUUGACCUAUAAUUGUGCACUUUUUACACAUUGUGACUUGGAUGGAGAGUUGUCUCAUUGGCACUCAUACCACAUCUACUUAUUUAUAUUAGGGAGGAUUAAAUACCAGAAAUAGCCCGAUAAACAGAUAAUCGGGUCGUCUGCGUAUAAAUAUCGUAAAAUAUCAACCGUUUGACACAAAAUCAAGCUAUUAUUGCUCGUUCGCUACGCUCACUCGCCAAAAAAGUUUCACAUUGUACGUAACUCGCGGCGGAUAUUUUACGAUAUCAAUGUGUAGAAAACCCGAUGAUCUAAACAAACUGGACAACCUAAAUCUGUAUUUAAAAUGGAAUACGGCGUUUUGAUAUUAAGACUGACGUACUUGUUUUUAUUUUUGUGAUCGCAGUUAUAUCGUAGCUUUCUUUCGUUAUUUUACAAACAAACAACUCUUAGUAAAAUUUGGUAAGAAGCACCAGUUGGUAGAACGUGCUUUGAAAUUCAGGACAUACAAUUAUUACUGAACUUAUGAAGCGCACGUACAGUUUUUGUAGCUUUAAUCAUAUUGAUUUGAUACUAUAUGACAUUGUAUUAAAAGGAAGUCAUAUAAUAAAGUUAAUAAAACUU